UUGUUUGACAGCUUGCCAACAAUAAUUAUACGACUAUCAAAGAGUAUAUGCGACUAUUGUUAGCUUCAUUUUGCAAAUAUAUCCGUAGUUUGUUUGUUUAAACUUAAUUAUUGGAACACUGAAUAACAUAACACGUAGAUAGGAAAAUAAUUAUAAAUAAUCAACACAAUGAAACGAAGUUACGAUUCAAUGAGUUCUUCCAUUGAAAUAAGUUCGUAUCGAGAUCAACAUUUUAAGGGUUCAAGAAGUGAACAAGAAAAGUUACUUCGCGCAUCGGCUACGCUUUAUAUUGGGAAUUUGUCAUUUUAUACCACAGAAGAACAAAUUUAUGAACUGUUUUCACGUUGUGGCGAUAUACGAAGAGUUAUAAUGGGCUUAGAUAAAUAUAAGAAGACUCCUUGUGGUUUCUGCUUCGUAGAGUACUAUCUAAGACAAGAUGCAGAGAACUGUAUGAGGUACAUUAAUGGCACAAGACUGGAUGAUAGGAUUAUUAGGUGCGAUUGGGAUGCUGGAUUCAUCGAAGGCCGUCAAUAUGGAAGAGGGAAAACAGGAGGACAGGUGCGUGAUGAAUAUCGUACGGACUAUGACGGAGGUCGUGGAGGCUACGGCAAAAUAAUUGCCCAAAAAAUAACUCCUAAUACCCUAGAACGUUGAUACUGAGUAAUAUGAAUGAAGUGCCCCAGAUAAAGCGUGAAAGACUGUAAGAAUUAUUGUUAUAAACAUUCAACUGAUCUGAAUGGAAAUAGGAAACAUUUUGUGACCUACAUAUUAAUUUUAAGUAAAAUUUUUAGUUAUAAAUUACCUGCAUUUGAUGAUCAUUUAUAUGAAAUUUUUAUUCUAUCAUCAAAUAACUCAGGAUAAUUCCUAAUUUGAGAUGCUCUUGAAUAUUUUCAUCCGUUUUUUUUCAACUACUACUUUGAAUUGACUUUCGAUUGAGGUGACUUAUUAAAAGUCGACUGUAUACAAUUUUUAGACAGGAUAAAUUAUAGUAAAAAGAAUGUAAAAAAAAUAUUUAUUUCUGUUAAAAAGCAAAUGAAGCAUAAUUAUUACAACAUUACACUUAAAUAGUAAAUCUUAAUAUUCAUAAGAUGUAAUUAACUAUAUUUCUGUUAUAUUUAAAUAACAACUGUUAAAUAUAAAUACUACAAUAAAAUACAACAUUUAUAAGACGUGAAACAAUAAACUUUUGUAUAAAUAAAUAAAAAAAAAA